GGGUACACCGAGUAGGCAGAAGAGUUAACGCCGAGAGGAGGGGGCUGGAAGACCGAGACGCCUCCAGCCUGAAGGGGCCGGCGGUUUGGCCACAGCACCCCGUACUAGCUAGCCUGUACCUUCGCGGCUAAGUGAAUGGGAUGGAGCCGGGAGCGGCUGGCGCUGUGCCCUUGGGGGUCUUCCCCCCACCCCUGCAGCAGGUGUUUCAUGCCCCUCGGCGGCCAGGCAUGGGCACCGUGGGCAAGCCCAUCAAGCUGCUGGCCAACUACUUUGAAGUGGAAAUCCCAAAGAUGGACGUCUAUCACUAUGAGGUGGACAUUAAGCCUGACAAGUGCCCACGGCGAGUCAACAGAGAGGUGGUGGAGUACAUGGUGCAACAUUUCAAGCCGCAGCUCUUUGGUGACAGGAAACCAGUAUAUGAUGGCAAGAAGAAUAUUUACACCGUCCUAGCACUUCCUAUUGGGAGUGAGAAGGUGGAUUUUGAGGUAACCAUCCCCGGUGAGGGUAAAGAUCGAAUCUUUAAGGUUUCCAUCCGCUGGCUGGCCAAAGUAUCAUGGCGGCUGCUGCAGGAAACUCUUGUAAGCGGCCGGCUACAAGUCCCCCUUGACUCAGUUCAAGCCUUGGAUGUGGCCAUGCGUCAUUUGGCCUCUAUGAGGUACACUCCAGUGGGUCGUUCUUUCUUCUCCCCACCUGAAGGAUACUACCACCCACUUGGCGGGGGGAGGGAGGUCUGGUUUGGCUUCCAUCAGUCAGUGCGUCCCGCCAUGUGGAAGAUGAUGCUUAACAUUGACGUGUCUGCCACGGCCUUCUACAAAGCCCAGCCUGUGAUCGAGUUCAUGUGUGAGGUUUUGGACAUUCGCAACAUUGAUGAGCAGCCAAAGACUCUCACAGACUCUCAGAGGGUUCGCUUCACAAAGGAAAUUAAAGGCCUGAAGGUCGAGGUGACACACUGUGGACAGAUGAAGAGAAAGUAUCGUGUAUGCAAUGUCACCAGACGUCCUGCCAGCCACCAAACGUUUCCGCUUCAGCUUGAGAGCGGCCAAACGGUAGAAUGUACAGUGGCCCAGUACUUCAAGCAGAAGUACAACCUGCAGCUUAAAUACCCCCACCUACCUUGUUUACAAGUUGGGCAGGAGCAAAAGCACACCUACCUUCCCUUGGAGGUGUGUAACAUUGUAGCUGGUCAACGGUGCAUCAAGAAGCUGACAGAUAAUCAGACUUCCACUAUGAUUAAAGCCACGGCUCGCUCUGCACCCGACAGACAGGAGGAGAUCAGCAGGCUGAUGAAGAAUGCAAACUUCAACCUGGACCCGUACAUUCAAGAGUUUGGGAUCAAGGUGAAGGACGAUAUGGCUGAAGUGACUGGCAGGGUGCUGCCAGCUCCUAUUCUGCAGUAUGGAGGACGGGUAAAUGCAGCUCAUCUAUCAGUACCACUGCAACAGUUAAAUGACAUGUUUUUCCCCAAUCACAAUAAACUAAACCUUGGUUGGGUUGCACGAUUUUUUUCUUCUAUGCAGAACCGUGCCAUCGCUACACCCAACCAGGGUGUGUGGGACAUGAGGGGGAAGCAGUUUUAUAAUGGCAUUGAGAUCAAAGUCUGGGCAAUCGCCUGCUUUGCCCCACAGAAACAGUGCAGGGAGGAGGUGCUCAAGAACUUCACAGACCAGCUGCGUAAAAUCUCCAAGGAUGCUGGAAUGCCGAUUCAAGGCCAGCCGUGCUUCUGUAAAUACGCCCAGGGAGCCGACAGCGUGGAGCCAAUGUUCAGACACCUGAAAAACACCUACUCUGGUCUUCAGCUCAUCAUUGUCAUCCUGCCUGGAAAAACUCCUGUCUAUGCGGAGGUGAAACGUGUUGGAGACACCCUCCUUGGUAUGGCCACCCAGUGUGUCCAGGUUAAAAAUGUUGUAAAAACAUCACCGCAGACGCUAUCUAACCUCUGCCUAAAGAUCAACGUGAAACUUGGAGGAAUAAACAACAUCCUGGUCCCUCACCAACGGUCAGCUGUGUUUCAGCAGCCGGUUAUCUUCCUGGGAGCAGAUGUCACGCACCCUCCAGCUGGAGAUGGCAAGAAGCCCUCCAUUACUGCUGUGGUAGGCAGUAUGGACGCCCAUCCCAGCAGAUACUGUGCCACUGUGCGUGUCCAGAGACCCAGGCAGGAAAUCAUUGAAGAUCUGUCUUACAUGGUGCGAGAGCUGCUCAUCCAGUUCUACAAGUCGACCCGCUUCAAGCCCACCAGGAUUAUUUUCUACAGGGACGGGGUUCCUGAGGGACAGUUGCCACAGAUUCUUCACUAUGAGCUUCUGGCCAUCAGAGACGCGUGCAUAAAGCUGGAGAAGGAUUACCAGCCUGGCAUCACUUACAUUGUGGUGCAGAAACGCCACCACACACGCCUCUUCUGUGCUGACAAAUCUGAAAGGAUUGGGAAGAGUGGAAAUAUACCUGCAGGGACUACAGUGGACACCAGCAUCACUCACCCCUUUGAGUUUGACUUUUACCUGUGCAGCCAUGCAGGCAUACAGGGCACCAGCCGGCCGUCUCAUUACUAUGUCUUAUGGGACGACAAUCGUUUCACGGCAGAUGAGUUGCAGAUUCUGACCUACCAGUUGUGCCACACGUACGUCCGAUGUACCCGCUCAGUCUCCAUCCCUGCGCCGGCCUACUAUGCUCGGCUUGUGGCCUUCCGUGCCCGCUACCAUCUGGUGGACAAAGAACAUGACAGUGGAGAGGGCAGCCAUGUAUCUGGUCAGAGUAAUGGCCGGGACCCCCAGGCACUGGCUAAAGCUGUUCAGAUUCACCACGACACACUGAGGACCAUGUACUUCGCCUGAGCUGCACCAGCCAUCUUCACCGUCGUUCCUUUUCCUCAUUUCUACCAGAGCGGGCAGAAAACCCACUCCCACCUCAUCCCCAUCCCUUACUCCCAACAAUUACCCACUACACACACUCCACAGAGCUGCCAGCCAGUCUGCUUCUAUCCAAAAAAAAAAAAACACAACCCCCUCCUGUAAACACAGGCUGACACUGCAGCCUCAUGCACUCAAACGGUUUUGAAUAUUAUUGUUAUUUUGUUGUUUUUACUUUAUCAGGAUGGUUUUAGGACUCUUUUAUGUUGGAUUUUUAAAAAGUGAAUAUUAUGUAAUUGUAUUUUAUGCUACCUUCCCACUCCUGUUCAUGUAAGUAUGCAAUAGGGACAGGAGAAAAAAUAGGCGCUAGAUAGGAGAAGGGAAAUAUCGUAAACAUUUUUUUGUCUUUUGUUUUUAACUGCCGCCAGAACGCUGCCUCUACCCAUCCUAAAACCAGAUGCCAGUGUUCCAAUCCCCUUAUAUUGGGGAUCCUCCAUUUGGGCGGUACUGAACACGCACACUUACAUGUAUCAUUUCUAAUUACUACAUGACUUACAUUCUUGUUUUCUUUUUAUGAUGGUAUAUUUUGUUGUUUUUUAUGUUAAGCAGCCUUGACGAGUCUGAGAUAUGGUACAUUAGCACUUAGUGUUAGCCUGUAGGUGCCACCAUGCCUGCACAUAAAGAGUUUUAGUCAUUUGCUAGUCCUCCGCUAUUGGGAUUAGCAGCGACAGAAGGAGCAGUAUAGAUGCAGGAGAGAUGUGCUGUUGCACUCUUAGUCCUGAUUGGCCAGUCCCUUAGAGAUUUAGCCUAUAGACGCCAGCCUAGUAUAACACUAGAGGGACCAUUUGCAUAGAGUGUAUCAGAUAUACUUGCACCCCAUGCACCUAAACCAGCAUUAUUAACCAGCCAAAAGUGAUGCCAACCAAUGAAAAAGGGGCACUUAAACAGGAAGAUAAUCUAUUAUUUCUGUAUCCAUUGCUCUUUUAGGAUUUAUGAGGCACUUUUUUUGUUUAUGUUCUAACUAACUUUACAAAAGGAUGAGCUUGAAUACUCGAAUGGCCCACUUUAAACUCCCACACUUCCAUUGUUUUCAGAACAAAGGCAACAUGCAAAGUUAACACACUAUCUUGGACAUUUGAAAGCAAGAGAGCAAAUGGAUCAGCCGUGUUUCAGAGCUGAACAUGCUUUCAGCUCUGAUCGUUCUGCACAUAAUCAUUCCUACUAGUAUUGUUUGCAGUGACGCCACAGUGCAUUCUAACUCUCUGACUCUCAGCAUUCUUAUCAUACCUUACACUCCUAUCUUCCAUACGUCCUGCUCUUCCAUCUGCAGGCAUUAACAUAUCAGCCUGGAAAACAAAAAGCACACCCAUCAGGCUCCUGGUCUCUGUCUUGGCCUGUAGAGAAAAACGAAGCCGAAUGCACUUGUCUCGUGUCCCAUUCAGGCCAAACUAUCACUCAUCAGCAUUUUUUGUCACUACUGUUUUUCCACAUUAUAGACCUUCAGCGUCCUCUGCCCUAAUCCCCUAGUCUGUGUUUGCCAAAUUUCUAUUGGUGCUCUGUGUGCAUGGGCGGCACAGAUAGGGAAUUGCUCAUUGGACAGGGUGGGCCCCUAUUACUACUACUUUAUAUGCCCUGCCUUUACAUCAUGUAACUCUCUGGAUAUAUGGGAAAAAUGCAUGUAUCUUUUUAUUUUUGACUGGAUAUUCUGAGCCACCUUACUAUGGUUUUCUUAGAGGUAGGAGCCUUGGGCUCACCACUGCCUGUCAAUUAUUUUGCCUCAAUUGUGUAAUGGUUAUAGACUAUUUUUUUGUCAUGAAUAUUGUGACUAUUGUCAAAGGUUCCUCAAGAGGGCACUGUGGAGAAGGUCUCGCAAUUCCUCUUCUGUUGUCCUUAAAACGCCUCAAAUCUUGUCUGAUGGUCAGAGGCCCCUAAUGUCGAAAGGGAAUCCGGGAAAAGAGAUCAGACAAGUUUGAUUUCAAAAUCAUAUUUAUGGACUUGCCUAAU